CUGAAACAGCACAGCGAGCCGUAUCAUGUUUGUGUCCGGGCCGAUUUCUAAAAAAAGAGGUAUUGUGUAACAGGAUGAUGUAAUCCAACUAAUAAUUGAACAUUUCCGGCUUUCUUCUGUCCUGUUGUCUGUUCUGUUGUGAUGCACCUGGCCGGGCAGUGACUGAGAAGAAAUCUUAUUGAAGCUGUUCUGCUCGCUAUAAUCACAUUUCCUGCCUUCUGGCUUGAUGGGUGGAUCAGGUCAACAGAGGGAAUGACAUGACCAGCACACCCUGUCACUCUUUCAUUAAAAGAACGCUUAUUUAUCUAUUUUUCCUUUAAAAAGUGCUUCAUUCACCUGAGCUGAACUUGAUUAAAACAUCUCUUUCUGACCUGCUUUAUUGUUUUAUCAUUUAAUAGAUUUGUCAGUCCCACUUUAUGUCUAGUUAGCAUAGUUUUUUUUAAAGUCACAGGCUAUAUAAAUAAGUCACUAAUUUCUUUGAGAAUGCCUCAGGUAUGUGAUUUUAUGACCUGAUUAAUUUGUCAUUAAACUAAUAAUGUACUUUAUUGCACCAGAAGGGCUUCGGCUAAAUUAAGUGUCCUUAAUUGAUGAUGAACAGCCUUUUGAGAUCAGUUUUCAUUUUUGAUCAUUUAAGCAUUAUUAGCUGCUCAAACCCAUGGCCAUUGCUAUGAAUGUCACUAAGUCACUCAUUACUGAGUGUCCAACAUUUCACGGUUGCUGAGCAUUGCCCCCUGUUGUCCUGCAAGCAGAAUUACAGCCUGUCCAUUAAACAAUGACUACCAGCAGCACCAAGCUUGUAAUACUAAUGAAACUGAUCAUCUGAAUUUGCAACAAAAGCCUGUUUACACAAUUUAAGACCAGCUGUGGAUGUUAAUAUGUCUCUCAAGGGUGCAUACUAUACACAUACAGAUAAAGAGGGAGUCACAUUUAUGCAUAAGUAACUUCUUAUUUUGCCAUGAAUAGCAAAAAAGUUGUAUUUUUUUAUGCAAACGCUUAAGUUUCAAAACUGCAGACAAAUUUCAAAACUUUUCAACACUUUUGCAAGUUAUUUCUCCAAUCACUGUGUCAUUAUUCAUGCCAAGUGUUGUAAGAAUAGCAUAAAAAUAACACAAAUUAUGCAAUUUUUCUUCCAUGUGUGUUUGCGUGAUGCUCUGUCAAAUGAAGAUAAGUGGAGAAUAAUUAGCCAGAGAGGUGGAAGGAAACGCUGCUGCUGCACAAACAGGAAUAAUUCAGGGGCAAGGAGUAUUUACUCUGGGCAAAACAUGUCAAACAAGGUAAUUAAUUUAAGUUCAAAAGGGAUUUCUUUUUCUGUCUGAGAGCAGAAAUGUGACAAAUCGUCACAAAUAAUACGCUAAUUAAUAGUUAUUUAUGCACGAGAAAGCUGUAACUCAGUUCUUAUCAUCUGUACUUUUUUAUUUUUAUAUAUUUUAUAUUUGCAGCAGUCAUUUUAAAUCUCUUUUAAAUAUCUUAUAGUCACUUUAAAACUGAUUAUAUUCCUGUUUUAUAUAAUUUUAUGUACUCGGUUUGUCUUCUCUUAAAUAUCUCUGUCUUCUGUGUCUUCAAAUAUGUUGCUUUUAUCUUCCUUUGAAUGCUUUCUUCACCGGGAUGCCUUUUGUGUCUGAAAUGUGCUCUAUUGAUGAAAUUGCUUUGCAGAAAUUGCAGAAGGUUACUGUAUUUGUCACACAAGGCGUGUUUGGAGUGUUUUCCAUUGCUUUUUAUAUUGACAUAUUUUUUCACACCCAGCUUAAGUGCUCUGCUGCUCUGAGUCUGCCCUUUACACAGUCUGCUGGAAAAUCAUAAGAGGAAUCAAAAAUGUAUAAACCUCACAGUCUCUAUUGCUGUGCACUUAUGUCUAUGGUUAAAAGUCAUAUUAUAGUCUAAUUCAGGAAAAUAGACUCUUCUGCUCUAACUUUUUUUUCUCUCUCUCAGACUCCAGCUGUGUUCACAAUAACAUCAUUUGAGCUCUUUCAUCUCUCUCUCUUUCUCUCUCUCCCUCCCCCCUUCUCUCUCUCUCUCUCUCUCCUGUCAUCACAGCCACCCACCUUAUCUUCUCCCCUCAUUCGUGCUCUUUGCCACCAGUCAGGUCUGUAGAGGUUUGUGUGGUCUUGCUGUGCUUGUUUCUGCCGCUGCUGAGAGACUCAACUGACACAAAUAAAACAAGAGAACAAAGAGCGGGGAAAAGGUAAGUUAUCAAAAGCCGUUUGAAAUGCUGAAACAAAGUAAAAGUUCUUUUUUAUGUAUUUGAUUAAGAAACAGAUUUGCUCAUGUCUUAAGUUGCUGAAAUGAAUUGUCUGUUUGUACUCUCUUGGCAAAAGAGCUUCUGCAUUUUGCAAGAAAGAGGCAGAGUGCAACAGUGACUCAAGACAGAAUUACCACAUCAGAUUUUAACAUGUCUGAUAAUGAUGAUGUGACUAAAAUUGACGUCUGUUUUAGUUCUUUUUUUACAUUAUCAUAAAUGAUUGAGCUGCUGCAGCUUUCUUGAAGACAAAAUCUUUUCUUAUAAAUCAAUAACACUUUCUCAGCAGUCACAACACUACUCUCCCUCAGUCAAGGACUUUUUUUAAACCAUGAGAAAGAAGAAGAAGAAGAAGCCUGAGGUGGUGUAAUAUCUCCUGUGCACAUACUGCUCUCAGUCAUGUUGAGAAAUAUUGUCCUUUCAGUAAAGAGGUGGAAGAUAAUUUACUUCUGCUCCUUUACAAGACAGUAUCAUAUUUGUGGUGAAAAAACUGAAACUAGGCUCACUAGACAGGAAAUAAAGCGGCUGAAGAGCAGAGCGACCUGAUUAGGUGAAAGCGUUCCCUCAAUUGCACUCACGAGGAUUGUAAUCACUCUCACUGUUUCCCAUUAAAUUCUACUUUAUGAUUUGUACAGUUUUUGUUAUCAUUCUUCAACUGCAGUGAAAAAUUUUCCCGUAAAGCCAGUGCAAAUCAUAAAUUAAUGCUCACCUGCAUGAACAAAAGUUGUAUUUAUGUUUUUGUCCGAGCAGUCAUUAGUGCCCCGACCAAUCUAUCACGGCAUUAUUGACUUUAAUCAAAUCCUCUCACAUCACACCGAGUUUAAUCUAUUGAUUGCAUACAGGUGAUGCACUCAGCAGAGGAUUGUUCAUCACUGUGGUGACCUUCACACUCAGAUUUACUGUUUUGUUAAUGUGCAGUUCGUCUUCAAUUCCAGUAGGAGGCAGUCUACAUCCUGUAGAGUAUGAUAAUAAGAGACAUACAGGAAUGUUAUGGUUAUGUUUGCAUGCACUUGUAGUAAAACCACUUUCACUUUGAUUAUAGAUAUAAACUAAACUAUUGAUUUACAUGAUAAAAAUAAGAAAAGUCAUGCAAAGCGGUGCAUACUUCAGCUAUAUCUAUCUGCACGUGACACAAAGACAAAACCCUCUUUUUAUCUGCAUGCUUAAAUGUGUAUGUAAGGGAGCAGAAAAACAAAGACACACUCAUGCAGUACUUCAUUUUGAGCAUGUGUGAUGUUGUAUUGUUUCUAAAAAUUGCGGUUUUUAGUUGAUGCUUGUUAUUGUGCACAGAUUGUCGUGCAAAUGGUGUUGCAAACUGUGUUAUAUGUAUUUUAAUGCAUGUGAUCACACCAAAAGUUGACUUCCUUUAUUUAGAUGAUGAUUUUAGGUAACUCUACUGAGAGUUUAAAUAAAAUCCCACCAUAUUUACACUGCUGAGAUUUUGGGAUCUAUCAAAUCAUAUGACCCCUGACUUUCUAAAUUUAUAAAAUGAUAAGGUAAUAUAAUUAUGACAGGUUUUUUUUUUUAUUUCCAGUAAAAAUAAAGCUCACCAGUCCUUGUUCCUGGAAUGCAGAGUGUUUUAUGAUCCGUUUUAAAUCCAGCAGGAUCCCGUCAACUGUCCCCUCAGGACGAGCAUCAUCAGCAGAUACUGUAAUGAUCAUUGUCUGUUUACAGUGACCUCUAAAUGACUUUCUGUCUUGACUCACAAAUGUUAAUGUUCACUUUAAGCUCCAAGUUCAAUAUUGACAAAGCGAGAUCACAGUUUCUUUUUUUAUGUGUUUCUCCACAGGAAGUUGACCGUGUCAUCUGUUGAAAAAAACCCUGAAGGUUUGUCUCCAAAUACAUUAUUAUACAUGUACAUGUGGCAGAGUUUCAGUGAUUUAUUUUGUAAAUGCAGUAUAUUUUCAUGUUGGCUGCAUUUGUGUGUCUAAAACUAAUUUCACUUUUUUAUGAAAAAAGUCAAAUGACUAGCAAAAGCGCCAUCAGCAACCACAGUUCCCACAGUCAUAUCUAGGCCUGUAACAACUGUGGGGGGUAGGUGUCAAACCAGCGUUCACACAAUGAGGACAAUGCAAGUGAUACAUUCAGUACGUUCACAUGUUGUUCGGAAAAGCUGAUUAUUGCCUGAAACUGAACUUCGACAAACAUGUAAACAUGUAGUCUGACUGAAAUCUCACUUAAUUGAACUUCUUAAAGUUGGGUUAACAUACCAAGAUAAUGCGGUUAGAGAUCAAUUUUCUCUUUCAUGUCUACAGCUCUAUCAGAUUGAAACUGGCUUAAGGGUUCUGUGCAUGCAAGAGUUCGCGUGCUGGGCUUUAAGCUGAAGCCUGAUAAGCAUCAAUGUUUUGCUUUGAGGCUUGGUAGUAAACAAAGCCUUAACAGAUGAAGAAAGGGCGUAAAAAAUAAAAACUUUCCUAUGAUACACACGCAAAAUGAUAGUGUUGUAAAAGUGACUGUUCAGUGCACAUCCCAAUAUGUGACUAUAGUGAAUAAUAUGACAACCAGGAGACAACCCAAGAGUAACAAGCUGAAAGGGAGCACAUUGCCCCCUACCAUAGAAAGGUGGACAUGAUUCUGUCAAUGAUUUGAUUCUCGACCAGUGAUUUUAAACUGGGACAAAGACAGCAGUCCUGUUACAUCGCCCAAUCAAGCUCAACUUAGCUGAGCAUGUAAACAUACUGACUGUUCUACGAAAUCAGGACAUUUUACAACAGAAAACCUGUCUUUCGCAUGUGCAGGACAAAAUCAACAGAGAUCAGAGCCUAUCAGGGCACCCAACAUAACUCAAACAGAAAGUUUCUUACUGAAACUUUAAGGAAUUCUUAUGAUUGUGAUAGUAUAUUCCUCUACAAAAGCGUCCUUGGAUUAGUAGCAAUACUCUGAUGAAUUCAUUAAAAAGUGAAAGAUGGGCGUAUAGACAGACAGAGCAGUACUGGUUAAAGACAAGACUAACUUUAAAGGUUACAAAUGCAUCAGACAAAGGUUGGCGUGAUGGACUGUGUGCAGAAUUGAGCCAUAAAAGGUCUCCUGGUAUGUGGUGUGAUUUCCUUUUUAUGUUCUGUUAGCACAAUCAUAAUGUUCAGAAAUUGAUAAUUUUCUCUUAAUGCCAUUUUUUAUUGUUUUAUAAAAUGUCGUGCUCAUCAUAAAGUGUCUUUCAUGGCAUAUUUUUCCAACUUUUCUAUCAAGGGACAUCAAAAACGGAUGAGACUGAUGAAUUCCAUCAAUUUCAAUUCGUCAAUUUUGUUGUUUUAUUUUUUCUGCAUAUAAAUUACUGUCAUGCUGCAUCUUAAUAUCAGUCCCUAGCAACACUGGCCCACACAGUGACAGCUGAGAUGGAUGAGUUAAAGGUUCCCUCAUGUUUGGGGCCCCCACACGCCAAAGGGAACACCUCAUCACUAACAGGUAUAUAAACAAAUACAUUUAGUUGCUCCUUUAAAGUCUAACAGAUAAGGAUAUUUUCUUUGUAAUUAGACAAAAUGACGGUGGAAACAUAGCUGUUGUCUAGAUAUACUUUUAAACUAAUAUCUGUCCUGUUAUACCGUAUGUAAACCUGUUAUUUUUCUCACAGUUAACACAUCCUGUGAGAAUCUGGAGUGUUACAUGGUCCUCAUCCAGGCGGAGAAAACAGCCAUCGGCUCCAUCUGUUUCCUGGCAGGUCCCAUCACCCUCCUGGAGAACGCUCUGGUGCUGGUGGUGAUAGCAGCCACCGCCACCCUGCGACAGCGGCCUUCAUUUCUCUUCAUCGGCAGCCUCGCUCUGGCUGAUGUCUUUGCCAGCUGUUUCUUCACCACCAGCUUCCUGGACUUCCACCUGUUUCGCCGCAGCGAUGGCCCCACCGCCUACCUCUUCAAGUUAGGUGGGGUCACCAUGGCCUUCAGUAGCUCUGUAGGGAGUCUUCUGCUGACUGCUCUGGACCGCUACCUCUGCAUUCAUCGGGCCUCCAGCUAUAAGGUGAUGGUGACCCGAAGGAGAGCCGUGCUGAGCCUGGUGGUCCUCUGGAGCGCCACCAUCUUCAUGUCCUUCCUACCUCUAAUGGGGUGGAGGUGUCCCACAGGGCUGACCCCACCCUGCUCAUGCCUCUUUCCCUACAUCAACCAGGGCUAUCUAGCAUGCUGGACCAGCUUCAUCCUGGUGAUCUUGGCUCUUAUUUUAGGCGCCUAUGCUCUCAUUCUGUGGACUGCACACCGCCACGAGUCCUCCAUGACCAACAUCCAGGGAGCAGCAGGGACCGGCCACGCCCGCAUGAGGAUGGAUAUCCGGCUGGCACGUACCUUUGGGCUGAUCCUCGUCAUACUGGUGAGCUGCUGGCUCCCUGCACUCUCCUUCAUGUUGGCUGAUGUCUCCAUGCUCUUGACACACACCCAGCAGAGGGCCUUCGCCUUCUGCAGCACCCUCUGCCUGGUCAACUCUGCAGUCAACCCGCUGCUGUACGCGCUGCGCUGUCGAGAGCUCAGAGUCGCUCUGCAGCAGCUGAUUCACAGACUGUGUGAGGCUGGGAGGUGUAAAAAGUCCACCGAAAACUUCAGCCCAGGAUUACCCUCUAUAGAAAACUGUACUGCCUGUUCUGGGAACGAGAUGCCCAGGAACAGAGACACCCAACUCAGCUCAAUCUCAGAGGUGGUGGACAGUCAGGUGAUGGAUAUGAGAAAAUGAGCUACUGUACAGACAGAGAGGUGUAAAAACAGACAUUAUCUAGAUCUUUACUUUGGACUAAGAAACCUACAUUCAGAUUCCUUCUCAUCAAAUCAGAAGUGCUGGAAAAAUAUCCAUCUUGCCUUUUUCAUAAGUGCAGCUGUGGUAACAAAAACACAAACAUACCAUUGUAGCAAACCAGGAAAUCUAAAAAUGUGGGAAAUAUGCACAAGGGUUGUUUGUUGGUACUUACCCAAUGCAGCAGAAAGACCGGUUACGAGAAGCAAACAUUCGUAUCAAACAGAAAUGUUCACAUACCAAUAUGAACUACUUGUAUUAUCUGUAUCAACCUCUGAUUAACUUAGUUUAGUUACUGUGAGACUAAAAAUAAAAACUACUGCGUGGUGCCAGCAAAAGUCAGCAAUCAGUGUUUUUUCGUCUACAAAUUAUUUUAAUUUUCUAAUUCUAUAAGUCCAAUUAGUGCUAAGAUCAUGUGCUUUAGAUACUUUCAUUGGCAACUGUUUAACAUUUUAAUACUGCUAUCUGUACUGUUGUUUCGUUAAGCAGGUAGAAGCAGAUGCUGUCUAGAUAUCGCAGUAAUGGUCUUAAGACAAGAUGGCGCCACACAAAUUGCUCACCUGAUUCAAUGUUUUUCUUUCCUUCUUAAAACAGCACGAGCUUUACAGAAGUAUUCUGUGAAAGCAUAACAAACAAAGGUUUACACUGAUCUUAACUGAUAUCAGUCAGAUACUGACUCAAAAAUCUAGAUCAGGCAUCAGUGACAGAGGGACAAUCCUAGACUAUAUUUAGAAUGGACAGCGUCUGCCUCCUCGCUAGGUGAAGCCACUACGAGAACAGCACCCUCUGUUGAUGGGCUGCAGUACAGGUCAUAAAUCCCGCCUCUGCCAACCAUCCUUAUGGGGCUGUGGACAAAUUUAUUACACAGAAUAUACAUUUUUCUCCCCCCGGUUGUGAUGUUGACAUGUAGUUAUGGAGAGACUGGUUUGUGCUGAAGUCCUCUUUUUUUCUUUGUAGCUCAGUUUUUAAAAGUUAUUAGGGGGUUUAUGUUCUCUAUGAUUGACACUUGAUACGACCUAUGGGCGUACGAAGAUUGCAUAGCUCACCCAGGGGAUACGCUGUUUGAGCCGAGCGUCAUCACAGCGACUCUUGACGACUCUCCUGCCAAAUGCGCACAAUGCUACUGCGCAAUAUUGGUUUCAGAAAGUGGAGAAAAGUUGCAGAAUUACUGAGAGCUUUUCGGCUUCAAAUCUGUACACUGGCGGAAGGCGGAACCAAGUUGUCCAUAGUCUACGAGGAGGAUCAUUGAGGCAGAUCUACUUUACUCAGAUCUAUACUAUCUUGUGUGUACAUACUUGUGUUAGGGUUAAUGUCAUUAGUGAAUCAUUAGGUCUUUUAAAAGCUGAAAAAGCUGACUUAGAUGUUUUGGGGUAAUUUUGGCUUUUUAGACACCAAAGCCGAAGGACUUUAAAAGGUAGAUCAGUGAAUCCUUUAACUCAAGCCUAGCAGACACAGACUUGUAUUGGGAACAAUAAAGGUAGAGGAACAUCUCUGGAGGAGGUGACUGUAAAUCAAAACUAAGUGAAAUGAUAUUAUAAUAUCUCAGUGGAACUAGAACUUCUGAUCUAUUGGUGUUUGUCCAAGCCAUGGGAAAGGUCCAUGUCAGUAUUUUAAAGUGAGAUUCUGUCAUAUGGCCAGCCGACCCCCAACCUUUGACCUCUCUACCCCAUGACAGUGUUUGGGACCUUUCCUCCUGAACUGAAGUGCUGACUUAACUUUCAGGGGUCACCUAACCUCAUGGUAGAAAGGUGGACUUGUUGUUCGUCUGCUCGUUUAUGUUUAAAUAUUUUUGUGCAUGAGCACAGAAGACACUGUGGGCUGCCUAUUCUAUCUGCACAUGAAUGCCAGAACUCCACAAAAGCUCCAUGCACGAGGAGGAUUUCACACAAUGUUCACCCUAUGUGUUCACCACAUGAAUCCAAGCAGUGUGCCGAGGUAAAAGGGACAAAUGAUGCCAGGACGAGAACGAAUACAAGCACUGGAACACUCUUUGCUGCUGCUGUGACAAAGAGAAGCUGCAGUAAAGCACAGACAGAAAUGCACUUAAAAUCACACGCACAUACUCUAACACAAUAGAGAACCACAAAAGUCUUAUAGUUGUUGAUCUGAAGCCACUAGAAGAAGGACACUUGUUGCAAUUAUUGUGUCGGAUGAAUAAAUAAAAUAAUUAAUCAUUUUGAGUAUGUUGGUUUUUUAAAGCAACACUCUGUUCGCAAAUAUUAAUCAUUUCACAUCCUUGUAUCCUCAUACCCAUCAGUAAUCUACCUAUGAUCAUGUUAAUAGGAGGGGGAAUCUCAGGGCAACUCACUAUUGUCCAGGAUAACCAUGUUACCAUACAACAGUGAUUAUGACUAUAUGUUAUGAACAUACAAUAAGAGUCUUUUUUUUUUUUUAACAUGAUCACCAGAUGGUAUUAUUGAAAAGUGGAUGGAGACGGUGUGCUGGAGUUAGGGCCGGGCAAUAUAUAGGAAAAAGUUUAUCACUAUAUAGGGCAUUGGAAUUGAUGGCUGUGUCCGAAAUGGAUCCCUAACCCCUACAAAGGUGACUACAUAAGGGUUAGCCCCAUUUUGAGGGGUGUCCUAAACCUCAGUGAUCAAUUCCAGUGCCCAAUAUAGUUGACUCAAAAUUUCCCAUAAAGCAUUGCAAAAUGUCGUGACCAUCCGAUGGUCACUCACUGGUGGUGGGCAUCCCGUCGUGCAUUUCAUCAUGCCAUGUAGUGUCCGAAACCUCCGGUGACUGAGCUAACUAAGUAGUCAACUAUAUAGUGAAAACCCAUAUGGGGGUUAGGGGUUAGUGAUUAAGUGAUUCAUUUUGGAGACAGACGAUCACUCAGGUUUUGGACACCCCUCAAAGUGGUGCUAACCCCCAUAUAGUCGCCUAUAUAGGGGUUAGGGAUCCAUUUCGGACACAGCCUAUGUGUGAUACACUCACAAACUGCAACUUCAACAAUGAAUUAAAAGAGCAUUUGUCACCUGACUGGCCAUGUCAACAGAAACUGAAAACCUUAGUGGGACUAGAAGUCAUGGCAGAGCUGUUGUAUUGCAUUGGUUGCUUUGGUUUACCCAGGUGGCUAGUCGGUGUUUUUGCCAUGUGGAUGUUUUGUUCCACCCUUAUGUGCUUGCUUCACCACGCCAGUGUGAAAGAAAAUGCUUUCUAAACCACUCUGCUGUCCCCCUACAGCAGAUAAAAACAACUUACCCUCUAUCAAAGAAGAUUAUUGUCAACGAUCACUUCGACGUUCGUUUUUAAUCUACUUUUCUUACCUGACCACCACCGCCAGACGUCUCGUGAACCUUCAAUUUGAGUUCAACGGUUAGCAAUAAUCGGUAACGGCGGGUGGGGAGACAAGAAGUCAAAUGAUGAAAAAGGCGAAACAGAAUCAGCACAAUCAAAGUGCAAUCGUGAAAAUAGUUCAAAGUCGUUUUAAGAUGACUUAUUUAAUGAAAAUGACGGUUGAAAUAGCGCAAACAAACAAAUUACGAUGCCGUACGUGUAUGCUAACCCCCUCUGAAGUGAGA